CAUGCUUCGGCAGAGUCAUGCACUUACUUCUUGUGCGACAUGGCCAGUCAGAGAACAAUUUGCUGGAGGCCACGCAUGGCGCUGGGGCAGCCUUCUACUGCAAGAGAUCAGUUGAUCCUCCUUUGUCGAAGCUUGGGCGCAGACAGGCGUGGCUGUUGGGGAAGCGAUUCGGUGCGCAACUGAAGGGGUCAAAGCAGCGCGUGCGACUCCUGUGCAGUAGCAUGGCGAGAGCCAUGCAAACAGCACAGCCUUUGGCACAGACUCUGGGGCUGUCUGUACUGGUGCACCCAGACAUCCAUGAAGUCAAGGGCUUCUUUGGAAAUGAACAGGCACUUGGCUUGGGCAGAGCCCAGAUACAAGAACAGUAUCCAGGAUUUGUUGCCAAUCUGGUGCCAGAAAAGGGACAAGGAUCUGAGACAUGUGCUGAGGCUUGCAUUCGUGCAAACCGGGUUAUCCAGCUCUUGCGUGAAUGGGCUCGGGGAUCCGAAGAGGACGUCAUCGUGAUUGUCUCGCACAAUGAUUUCCUUGGUCUCUUAGGGCGCCUUCUUCUUGUGCCAUGUGGGGGAGCUGGAGACAAUGUUGCAAUGGAAGCCGAACAAAUGUUCCACGAUAGCUAUUGGCCCAUGAACAACACUGGGAUCAGUCACUUCAUCCUUGGAGUAAGGCCGCCUGCUGGUGCCUACCAAGUUGACACGUACUUGUUGUAUUGGAAUCGAAGUGACCACUUGGGUGAACAUCAACGGAGUGGCGUGCAGCUAAAGAACGUGGGAUUUACCCAAUGCGCUGAAUGGGCUCGAGUAGGACAGGGUGGAAGUCAUUUCGACCAGAAGUUUGAAGAGGUCAAAGUUGUACACAUUCCAUGGCAGGCCUUGGCGAUUGCUGCAGUUGCUGGAGUUGCACUGUGCACGCUGGUUUCAUUGAUCAGGAAUCAGAGAUGACACGAGAAUUACAAAA